AGACAAUGGAAUAUAUCAUGGUUAACAAGUCGCAAAAUACAAUGUGUAAUCUUCUCUGGACUCACCUAUUCAUAAGAUUAAAUCGAUAAAUUCACAACAGCCAUCCUUGACGAUUUUCAACAGACUUUACAAUGAUCAGUGAUCUGUUGUUUAACGCAGAGAUGGUCUAACCUUAUGGAUGAUUUGUCAAGUGUCGUGUGACAUUUCACUUGCCCUACAGAUAAUUAUAAUUACUUAGGUGUCAAUGGUAAAUGUUACGAAGUCAUAGAAGUGAAUUAAACGUCACUAUUUCUAGUAGUUCGUCGAAAUGCAACUUAUUUUAUGUUCAAGAGUUAGUUUUUAUGUGUUUUUAAUUCUCACUAGAUAUGUGUCAAAUAUUGUCAAAUUUGUAUAGAUCAUGAAAAUAAUAAUGAAUUUCAAAGUUUUAAGGAAGCAGUAAAGGAAAGCAAACAAUCUUGUUAAGACUCGUGGACACUUCGAGGAUUUUUGAGCUUUCGGAUCGGAACCUUUCUUGUUUAAACUGUCAAUCGUCAUAUUUGAGCGCAGCUACGACUGCUAAAGAAUCGGUUCCGUAAAAUGUCUAAUUGUGCGCUGGGAUCUAUUGUGUAAACUAUAAACUAUGGAAUUUUACUUCACAUUGACUAAAAAGCUGAGCAAAUACACCUGGAGCGUUCAGACUUUCAAGAUGAACGAACCAACUGGUGUCGGGCCAACUUUUGCUGAUGCAUGCGAUGAUGGCGAACUUAUCAGCAUCUGUUGUCUUUGUGGUAAAACGUUUUCCAGUCAGAGUCUACUGCACAAACAUUUCGAAUUGAUGCAUGAAGGUACAGAGAUAGACACUGAACAAUAUGAUCUAAGUGGAUUUGCCGCUAUGGGGAAUGAACAAGGUCGUAAAAGUAAUGGUGAAGAAGAUGCAAAUUUCCGAGUUCUGAAUUGUGCAUUUUGCAACAAAGUAUUUACUAAACAUUGUAAUUUGAACACACAUAUCAAAGCAGUCCACAAAGGUGUAAAACCGUUUGAAUGCACUUAUUGUUAUAAAGGAUUCACUCGAAACUCUGACCUCCAUAAACACAUCGACGCUGUUCACAAAGGUCUCAAGCCAUUCGGAUGUGAAGUAUGCCAGCGAAAUUUCUCUCAGAAAUCAAGCCUAAAACGACACAUAGAAGCAAUUCACGAAGAUCCUCGGCAUCGCUGAAGAAAAAACAGAUUGUAUAAUCCUCUCCAAUUUUCAUAUGAUUUCAUGUUCAAAAAUAUACAUUUAUUAUUCUCUCAGAUUGUGAUAUUUCUAACCAUCCG